GCGAUUUUAAGUUGAUCGAAAAUGGCGGAGGAGCCGCGCUCAGAGACAGAGAAGCUGCGAGAUGAAGGACCACAAGAGAAAGAAGAGAAAACUGUGAAAACUAAGACUGUUUCUUCCAGUAACGAAGGAGAAAGUUCGAGUCGAAGUGCUGAAAAAAGAACAGCUGAUGAGAAAAAUCUUGAUGACUCAGUUGCUGGGGAUGCUAACAACAAGCCCACCCCUCCAAAAGUCUCCAAAAUUGGGUUUUCACUAGGAAGUACAUUGCUGAAGAAACCAGCCCCUAUAUCCAUCAAAUUAGGAGCAAAUAAACCAAAAGAAAGUCUACCCAUUCUGGCUCCCAAGAAACCUUCUGUAGCAGCAGUGUUCAAUGAAGAUGAAGAUAGUGAGCCUGAGGAAAUGCCCCCAGAAGCAAAAAUGCGGAUGAAAAAUAUGGGACGAGAAACUCCAACAUCAGCAGGACCAAAUUCAUUCAACAAAGGAAAACAAGGAUUUUCUGAUCACCAUAGGUUAUGGGAGCGGAAAAUGAAAAAUCAGAUGCAGAAGUUUGGAGAUGAUUAAACAUCAUAUUCAAAAGCAGAAUUCAAUCAAGAGUGUUGGAGAUGGAUGAAAUUUAACAAUUAAGAUAUUUUCAAGACCCUCCAGCUUGCUUCAGAAUGGAAAUAAAAUGUUUCAUCAAUAACUAGUGGAUAUUGUAUACUUAGAUUUUCUUACUAUAAAUUGUAAUGAGUGUAAUGUGUUGAGUAUGCAGUAGAUAGCCCCUUCACAAAGUCUCAUUGCCAGAGUAUUGUGACUAAAGUACAUAUUUAGAUCUUCAGUCAUCUCAUAGCUAGUGUUGAUUAUGUUCAGUGUUUCAAUGUGGCCUAUUUUGUUUGGAGUGCUGUAAAAUAACUUUUACUGCAUAUCAAUACUUACAGGUAAAUGUAAUGAGGGAAAAUUUAGUCAAUCACUCUGCCAUUGAAAAGUUCAUGGUCAUAAAUCUAUUAAAGUUUGUUUGUUUAUUUUUCUUUGGGGGGAGGAAUAUUUUCAGUGAAGAAAAAUUACAGGUAUCCGAGUCAAAAUGUAAAACCUGCAAAAAUUAAAUUUUUCCUUCUU